AUAGCCUGCAGUGUGCGUUUCCUGGUUGUUAGAUCUGUUCAUGAUCUGUUAGUGUUAAUAUGUAUGUACUAAGCUUAGAGCCCCCACAGGUUGCCUCACUUCAGUAGAUAGGAGGCCUCACUUCAGUAGAUGGGAGGUCAUUUCAUAUAUAUAAGAGAAGUAUAUAUGGGUCAUUUGCGUAGAACCCCCUGGUUCCUGCAUCAUCUUUUUUAGCUUCUUUUUUAUCAUGCCCAUGCAGUAAGCUGGGGCCUCAGUAGAGAAUCAGCAACUACCGGCCCCCGUGCGUGUGGACAUUUCUUUCCCCCUUAUUUGUGGGACUUAUAUGGAUUUUGUAUUACGUAGAGUGGACGUCGGUAAUUUUAAAAAUUGUAUUUUUCAAAUCCUACAUUUUCCAGAGUCACGUCGGAUUCUAGAUGCUAGUGUCUUUGACAGAUGAUGGUUGUCAUCAAGGAUUUGGUUCAACACUGUGCUAGAACGUUUAUUUAUUUUCCAAAAUUGUGUAAAAUGAUAAAUUUCUAAUAAAAUUUUCUAUUUCUCAACGUUAUACAAGUAAGUUUAUAGUAAACGUUGAUGAUAUGUUUGAGCAAAUACUAUCCAUGAGGCCGUUGGUAGUUAGCAAUUAGAGAAGAAUUAACAGAUGUAACUUCGAAUAUCUUUGUACUUUUCUCUCAUUUUCUUUAUGUUUAGCUCGUUAUGGCAAUAUCUGUACGUGAGAUAUGUGAUAAUGUCACACUAGCGAGAGAAAUGUCGAUGUUGGGCAAUUACGAAAGUGCUGAAGUUUACUAUGAGGGAUCAUUGCAAAUGAUAAACCGACUAAUAAUUAUCAUUCCGGAACCAAAUAGGAAGAAUAAAUGGCAGCAGGUGCAACGGAAGGUGGCAUUAGAAUAUGAAGAGGUGAAGUGUUUGAAAAACACUUUGCAAACGUUGCGAAUUGAUGCUAGCAUCGAUGUACCAGUCGGAGCGAGACGUCCUAUGUCACGUGAUGAACCUGUAAGAGAUAUUGGAGAUCUUCUCGCAUCUGAUUCGUAUGUGAAUGACCCAGAUGUUUGGCCUUCACCUAUACCAGCAGAUCAUAGUUAUAACGUUAGAACAAAUGGUCCUAAAUCGAAGCAGUUGCCUGCCAAGAAGCAAGAUGUUAAAAAGGGUACUGCGAGACCAACGCCGUCGAGUGCAUCCAAAAAACAGUUGGAUUCAAGUAGACCAAAUAGAUAUAAAAAAGAGGACCGUCCCUCGUCAUCUAAAUCGGAAAGAAAUCCCGAUGCGGGCAAACCAGAAAAGGAGCAAAAGGAUUCGGAAAAUGAAAAGUCGGAGAAAGUGGAGGCGGAGGAAGAGAAGAGGUUUGAAUGUCACGGUAUGGAGCGGGAACUCGUCGAUGUUUUAGAAAGGGACAUCGUGCAGAAGAAUCCAAAUAUUCGCUGGGAUGAUAUUGCCGAUUUGCAGGAGGCGAAACGUCUGUUGGAGGAAGCUGUCGUUUUGCCCAUGUGGAUGCCAGAAUUUUUUAAAGGUAUUAGGCGACCAUGGAAAGGAGUUUUAAUGGUGGGACCGCCAGGUACUGGCAAAACCAUGCUUGCGAAAGCGGUGGCGACUGAGUGUGGCACCACAUUCUUCAAUGUAUCUUCGUCGACUCUCACUUCAAAGUAUCGGGGCGAGUCUGAGAAGAUGGUCAGGUUGUUGUUCGAAAUGGCUCGAUUUUACGCUCCCAGCACGAUAUUUAUUGACGAAAUUGAUUCGUUGUGCUCGCGUCGUGGGUCUGAGUCGGAGCAUGAGGCUUCGAGGCGUGUUAAAUCGGAGCUGCUGGUACAGAUGGACGGGAUUACAGCUAACAACGACGAGCCGGGAAAAGUUGUUAUGGUUUUGGCAGCGACAAAUUUUCCUUGGGAUAUCGAUGAAGCUUUGAGAAGACGUUUAGAGAAAAGAAUUUAUAUCCCUCUGCCGACCUUGGAAGGUAGAGAGGCGCUUUUGCGAAUAAAUCUGCGGGAAGUAAAGUUAGAUCCAGAUGUUAAUUUGGUCGAUAUUGCUGUUCAGUUGGACGGAUAUUCGGGUGCUGACAUAACUAAUGUGUGUCGAGAUGCUUCAAUGAUGUGUAUGAGGCGCAAAAUCUGCGGCUUAAAACCGGAUCAAAUAAAACAGCUGCCCAAGGAGGAAUUAGACUUGCCUGUUACUGUACGCGAUUUCGAGGAGGCUCUUUUGAAAAAUAAUAAGAGUGUCUCGAAGGUUGAUUUAGAUAAAUACGAUAAGUGGAUGAACGAAUUUGGUUCAUCCUGAUAACAGUAAUAUGCAAAGUGUCUUCCAUGUCAUAGUAAAUUUUAUAUCAUUUAAUUCUGUAUUAUUGUAAAUUAUUAAAUGUGUUAUGUACGAUUUUAUAUUAUGAAAGUAUAGUUGAAUUUUUUAGAUUUAUGUAUAUUGUGUUAGCAUUGAGCAAUUGUGCUGUCAACCUGUAUGAAUCAAUUGUAAAUUAUUAAUUGUGUUGUUUGCAAUUUUAAAUGGUUAAAGUCUAGUUCAUUAAAAAUGUAGAAUUUUUUACAAAUAUUUAUCUAUGUUGUGUUCGCAGUGAAGAAUUGUGCUGUCACUCGAUUAUAUAAAUUUGCCUAGAUAUCAAA